GGAUUAGGUGGCAUUUGGGGAGAAGACCCUCACUCUGUCCACCAUAUUCAUUGAGGUCACAAGAGCUUCUAUGACCUCAUUGUCCCCAGUACCAAAUUUAUAAGGUGGCCCUGCCACAGCUGCUGUAGGGACAAACCUCUCCCUGAGGAUUUGAACCUAGUUGUCUUGAACCUCUAGCUCCAUGGGAGCCCAACCUGAGGAGACUCAAAAUUCUUGCUCCAGAUUCCAGACCCUGUUUAAGAGGGUCAAUGCCUUAUUCACCAAAGCCCCUUCCCCACCUUCCUCACCAGCCCCUCCCCGGAACCCAGGCUGUACACAUGUGUAUGGCUAUGUGUUUGGGCACGUGCGUGAAAAUGAGCUAGAAUUCCUCCCAUCACAACAGGUGCUGGACACAGGAGAACAACUGAUGGUCCCUGUGGAUGUCCUGGAAGUAGAUAAUACAGGAACCCUGUGGAAGUUUCUGCUCUCAGGAGCCAUGGCUGGCGCAGUGUCUCGCACUGGCACAGCCCCAUUGGAUCGCGCCAAGGUGUAUAUGCAGGUCUACUCCUCCAAGACUAACUUCAUGAACUUGCUGGGAGGGCUCCGGAGCAUGAUCCAGGAAGGGGGCAUCCGUUCCCUCUGGCGGGGCAACGGUAUCAACGUUCUCAAGAUUGCCCCUGAAUACGCCAUCAAGUUCUCUGUCUUCGAACAGUGUAAGAAUUAUUUCUGCGGAGUGCAUGGGUCCCCACCCUUUCAGGAACGUCUCCUUGCUGGCUCCCUGGCUGUAGCCACCUCCCAGACACUCAUCAACCCGAUGGAGGUGCUAAAGACAAGGUUGACGCUGCGUCGUACCGGCCAGUAUACUGGGCUGCUGGAUUGUGCGACACAGAUCCUAAAACGGGAAGGCACCCAAGCCCUUUACCGCGGUUACUUGCCCAACAUGCUUGGCAUCAUCCCCUAUGCCUGUACUGACCUGGCCGUCUAUGAGAUGCUCAGGUACCUCUGGCUGAAGUCAGGCAGGGACAUGGAGGAUCCAAGUGGACUGGUCAGUUUGUCAUCUGUGACACUGUCCACAACCUGUGGCCAGAUGGCCAGUUACCCGCUGACUUUGGUGCGCACCAGGAUGCAAGCCCAAGACACUAUUGCAGGCUUAAACCCCACCAUGAGAGGAGUGUUCCGGCAGAUCCUGGCCCAGCAAGGUUGGCCCGGUCUAUACCGAGGCAUGACCCCCACAUUACUGAAGGUGUUGCCAGCAGGCGGCAUCAGCUACGUGGUGUAUGAAGCCAUGAAGAAAACCUUGGGCGUAUAGGCAGAGUUGGGAACACACCCUGGGCAGAAAAUGGACAGAAGGUUCCAUUGCCCUUGGCCUCAAAGAACUCUCCAGAUUCCAGUUCCGAGGGAAGUCUUUUGUCAGAAGAAGCAGACUGGAAGUCUGGGUCAUAAGAUUCCUGACCCCCACCCACCCAGGGUACAGUCUGGAACUAGUCGGGACUCCAGUUUGGUUUGUCCUGGCACCAGGGUGAAAUGGUGAACCUGUGGGGACAACUAGGAAUAAAGAGAUGGUUUCUGCUGGACGUGUCUGGGAUA